AUGUUACUUAUGAAUACCGACCCCAUUGAGUCGGGUACGGAUAGCGUUGCCAACGAUGAUAGUGUGACCAGCAGUGAUCCGAUUCAGACGGACGCUGAUAGUGUGACCAGCAGUGACCCAAUUCAGACGGACCAUGAUAGUGUGACCAGCACAGAUCCGAUUCAGACCGACCCAACUGUAACCGAGGAAUGUGACGGAAUCUGUCCCAUAAGUACUGAGGAGUCGGUUAUAUUCACGACCACAGCUGCCACGAGUGUCAAAACAACGGGUGCGUCUAAACAGGUGGCAAACGCUGACUUCGCCGCAUUGGCCCACUACACGGUGACCACCACAACGGAGGCACCUAAAGGAUUUUUUAGUGGUUUUUCCAGUUAUUUUAACUGGUGGGGCUCCAAGGACAAUACCACCGCAAACAACACUAGCCCAGCACCGAGUGUCACAACGGUGCCAACUAGCCUGGCCCAGCGUAAGUCUAAUUUCUGGGGCGGUGGUAGUGGUAGUGCCAAAAAUGUUGGCAAUGGUGGCCAUAAAACACCCGAUAUAACGACCGAGGGCGAAGAUUUUGACGAUAUGAUGCACACACACUCCGAGUGCGACGAUAUAGACCCCGAUGCCUGUGCCGGCACACAAAACAGUACCGACAGUUCGGUUACCGGCGUAGGCCCGACCGAAACUGGAAUGAUCAAGUUAAUUUCAUCGACUACAAAGCGACCUAGAUCCUUACUUAAACGCUUGCUGAAAAGGCUUAAACUGUAUUACGGCGACAAUGACACACCUGUGAGCGAGAAAUUGGCCAGCAUUAAGGGUUAUUUGAAGCGAUUUGGUUACUUGGAUUAUGUGAAAAGGUUGAUACGUAAGGGCAUUAAAGAGCGUGUGUUCGCCCACCGGCAGCGCCGCAAACAGCCCUUUAAAUACCGCAUCACUUUUGGCCGCCUUUUACGGGACGACAUCAAAACGGGCGCCGAUAUC